CGAGAUGGCCACCACGCGGCCCUGGAGCCGGGUCAGGGUGGCCAAAUGCCAGAUGCUGGUCACCAGCUUCUUUGUCUUGCUCCUGGGCCUGUCUGUGGCCACAUUGGCGGUUCUCACCUACUUCGGGGCCCACUUUGCUAUCAUCGGCCAUGCAUCCUCAGACAGGACCCCCUAUGAGGCCAUGCACCGCUGGGCCUUCUACGUCGGCAUCAGCCUGGCCGGGCUCCUAACCCUGGGUGCCGUCCUGGGCGCCGCAGCCACAGUGAGGGAGGCCGGGGGCCUCAUGGCUGGGAGAGAAGAGCACUGUGGGGGUGCUGGUGAUGGAAAGACAUUCCCCCCAGAGAACUCCCAUCUCCAAUAUUGGGGUUCCAGGGGGGGUUUCCUGUGCUUUGCCCUGGUGUUCAGUGCCCUGGUGCAGGUGGCCUUCUGGAGAUUCCACAACCCCACCCAGGUGGAGGAUGCUUUUCUGGACACCUACGACCUGGUGUAUGACCGGGCGGUGAAGAACUUGUCCGGAACCCCGCGGCAGCAGCUGGCGGCCAUUCAGGACAUGUUCCUGUGCUGUGGCAAGAGCUCUCCCUUCAGCCUCCUGGGGGACGCGGAGGCCGGUCUGUGUCGGGGAGAGCAGGCAGCCAGACAGGACUGCCUGGUGGGGAUCAGGAGCUUCCUGAGGACGCACAGAAACAUCGCCUCCACCCUGACCGGCAUCGGCCUCGCCGCCACGGUGUACGCGAUGCUGCUCAGCUCCUUUCUCUGGUUCGCCAUUCGCUCUGGCAGCAGCCUGGACCGCAAGGGCAAAUACACCCUGAGCCGGAGAGUGCCCAGCUGCCAGCCCCAGGAGCCCAGCUUCUUCAGACGCUCCCAAGGGAGCCCCAAGCUUCAGUCCCCGACUGACGCAGAUGUUCUCCACGGCCGCCCGGGUGCAAGUGGACCCUCGGGGGGCCCUCGGCUGCUCUAGGACGACUGACACGUUUGAACCGCCCGUCCCACCACCUGAGUGCUCACAGAGGCUCAGUCGGCUCAACCGCGAGCCUUACAAGGACAAUGUGAGGUGUUUUCUGCCACGUGGCGGAGGGACGGGGGAGGAGGAGGCCAGGCUGUUGGCGGAACACCGAGGGCCCCUCCUUGAUGGCCAUCAGUGGGGACGGUCCUCUGUUCCCUAAGACCACAUCCUUUGCAUGAGAGGACUUCACCUGCAAGGCAGAGAGGGCACGCCCGUCCUUCCAACCGCCCCUUCCGUCUGGCGGGUGAGCGCUUUGCUUUCAAGGGUCUCUGUGGCUGCAUGAGGUCCACUGGGAACCUCCAUCUCUCAGGCAGCAAUCUCACACUUCCAGGGACACUGGGCUCACAGGUGCAGGGCCCGAGGCAGGACCUGUGGUGUGAGUGUGGGAGGACACUGUAGAAAUCCAGUAGCCAGGCGCUCCCCCUGGACACCCGAACCCCCUCUCUGAUAAGUGCUCCUACUGUCCCUGAGGCUAUGCACCCUCUGCUAAAAAUUCCAAGCCCCCAGCAGGACGAACAAAGGGGGGUCCCCCCAAAACAGAAGGACCGUUCUGGCACAGACAGCCAAAAAAUUGACGAUGUAACAAAUACCCACCCCAGUCCUCCCCUUGUGUUUCCAAUCACACGCGUGCACGCACACGCACACCUCCGAAAGCAAGCAUGUUGGUGUGCCUAAUGGAGCAGCAAAAGUAGGGCACAGGGGGCAGCAGCAGACCUUGUCCCCCCGACGAGGAUGCCCCAAAUCUCGUGGGUCCUGCGGUGGGGGACAGUCGGUCUCUGGCCAUGCGCACCACCCACCCCCGGUCCUGUUCUGCUCAGCUUGCCUUCUACGGCUCGCAAAAUAUAUUUUAAUGAUACCAACUAGCAAAGCUGGCGUCCUCUGCACAAUAACGGUGGAGCAAAAGGAAAGAAAAGGGGAUUUGGUGAAAUUCUGUGAACCAGCAACUCGGCGGGGUGGGAGUCUCCAGAUGGUUACUAAGAGAUCGGAGGGAGAAAACAGACAUGGGCGGGACAGGACAAAGGCCCUAAUACAGCACCAUCGAGGCUGGGCGGGCCGAAGGGACGGACGCCCUGCUACUGACCUGCUGGGACACCAAGGACACCAGCAUGGAGGAAGACGAGCAGCAGGAACAAAGAUCACUGAGAGCAGACCCGGAAGCACCUGGGGCGAUAAUCAGCCGCCUGAUCCAGAUAAAGGUUGACGGAGGGCUGCGGUCCGGGCUCCACCCUCACUGGGGGGCAGAAGAGAAGCCCCCCAGACUCCCUGACGUGGGCACUGUGGCAGCAAACCCACGGCCAAGCCUGACCCGCCGCCACUGGACCCGGAGAAGGCCACGCGCACGUCCACGGCCAAGUCUGACCCGGCCGCCACUGGACCUGGAGAAGGCCACGCGCACGUCCACAGCCAAGCCUGACCCGGCCGCCACUGGACCCGGAGGGGACCACGCGCACGUCCACAGCCAAGCCUGACCCGCCGCCACUGGACCCGGAGGGGACCACGCGCACGUCCACAGCCAAGCCUGACCCGGCCGCCACUGGACCUGGAGAAGGCCACAUGCCCAGGUGGGCCAGGUUUUGGGAGCUGGAGAGUGUGACAGGCCUCAUGAAAGCUGUCUCCUCUUUUCCCGGACCGUGUUCUGGGGAUGGACGUCUGCCUGGGGGUGUCCCCCACCCGGUGCCAGCAAACAGCGGGCACGCAGCCGCACUGCUCGAGCAGCGUCCAUGGGGCCUGAGGCCACACGGGGUAGAUGCAGGCGCCUUCUCUGGCCACAGCCCCAUGUGGACCCUCAGCAAGGGUUUGCAGCAAGAGCUUAUGGGCGCCUCCCGGUGACAGCCACGGGGACUGCGAGCAGGAGAAGCUCCAUCUGAGGGGCAUUAUUACCUUGUUACCAGAUGCUAACUGAUGGUGGAAAAGCGCUCUCAGGGGGAUGGCAGGGAUGGUGGUGGCUCAUAUGGCCCCCGUGCCGCCCAGGAGGUGCCGGGAGGCGGUGCCGCAGAGAGCCUCUCCUCCCCGGGGCAGGCUCCGGGACAGUGGGAGGAGCGGCCUGAUUCUACCCAAACAGGUCUCGCCCAGCGACCAAGAGCUGCUGGGUCGCAGGCGGCAGUUCCACGGUGAACAGACAAGGCUCUGUUUGGAAGGCCCCGGUGGCGCCGAUGGAGGGAGCCAGCAGCCGGUCAGCUCUGUGGGCCGCCCUGCGCACUGCUUUCCCAGCCGCGAGGGGAGAAUUGAACUGUUGGGAGAAGCCCCGCGUUUGGUUUCUGAGGACUCGUGGCCAGUGGCCAGCGGCCCGGCCGUAUGGCCCAGUGGGCGGGUGACGGGACCGGGCCUGUGGAAGGAUGCUGGCGCGCGGCACGGCCCGUGGGAAUGACCGUGGGAACUGCAGCGGUGCGCGAGAGGACACGUCAGUGCCCAUCGCAGGGGUUCCUUCCAGUUUGGAAGGUGACGCAUCUGCAGGCGGAUAUCCCUGAGGGCUCCCCGGAGGAGGUCGUGGGGGCGGCAGUGCAGAGGUGGACAGAGCCCAGACACAUUCCUGGGGCGCUCGCAGAGGCACCAGACGCCAAGAAGCGCGGUUCUGGCUGCCUCUGGAGAGAGACGGGUGCCGAGGGCCUGCUGGGAAGCCCCAGGCACAGAUGGCUGGUGACGCUGAGACUGCCUCCGAGGUCCCGGGGCCACGGGCAGGUCCUGGCAGGAGGGACACAGACUCUGGGCUGUGCUGACCGGCGGUGGACACAGGUGCUCAGGGUGCUUCUGGAGCAGGGCACAACGCCCCGAUCUGGGGGGCGGACCGUCCUUUCUUCAGCCCAGGAGCCUCUGUCCACAGCCCCCGGCGUCCGAGAGCCCUCCCCUCAGAGGACCCGUGCGAUGGAGAAGGAACAGGCAGCGAAAGCAGCGUCUGUGCAAAGCACGAGGGCCUUCACGCACGUGGGCUCACACUCAGCACCACUGGGACGCACGGAGAGCCCCCCCGCCCCCACCAUACAGCGUGUGCUUCUGGCGGGUCUGGGGAAGGGCUGCUGCGGGGACACGGGCGUGGUGACGGUACUCCUCUGUUUCCGCCCAGAUGCACCUGCCCACGAGAGCAGGGCCGCAGCCCCGGGGGCCAGAGCCGGGCGCUCCCCAAGCCAGAAACGGUAGCGAGGUCUUUAAACCUAGCGCCGGAGCUCCUGACGAGGCGGCCUAGCCCUCACCCCAUCUGGCAGAGCGGGGUUCGUAGUGAAAGCCGCUCCGUUGUCUGGUAGUCGGACGGGGGUGGACGGAGGGGAGGCGCUCCUGGUGCAGGGAGGCUUGGCGGCCAGGCCGGGGGCCCUUCCAAAGACCACAGACGGAGAGACAGGACAGUAGUAGCUGAGGGUCUGGGGACGAAUAAUGAACACAUAACAGCGAAUGUGCAGAUCACAUCAAGAAAGCGAGAGACAGCACUGCCUCUUGGCCCCCGACACCGGGAGCCCUCGAGGACCGGCUGUGUUUGGCCGGGUGUGCUCCCACCUUCAGAGCCUGCAGACCUGGGCCGGGCGGCCCGGGAGAGGUCCUCACAGGGCACGACGACAACAGACCGGCCCUAGUCUACUACUCUGCCAGUAGCCUGUGACCUUUAUGAUCAUUUUCCUAUAAAGGAUCUGGUCAAAGACCAAGGGGUGGCCAGUGACAUGAUUGAAAAUGAAUAUUUGGUCUUUGUUCCAGUUCGGGCCACAGAGUUCGUACAACUCUUGUCAUGUCUAAAGUAGUGACAGUAUCUUGGGUGUGUCCCUGGGAUGACUGGUGACUUCGGGACAGAGGCCCAUCUCCGAGGGGUCAGGCGUGCAGAGAGCCCUGGGGAGUGGGGAGGACGGGAGGUCGAGUCACUCGCCCAGGUAAUCACCAUGCCCACCCAGGGGAACCACCAGGCAGUCUCCGAGCCGCUGGGAGCUGGUCGGUGAACAGGUGCGGGUGUCUGGAGGGGGGCACCCAGAGAGCACGUGGAUGCCCCGCGGCCCUUCCCCGGCACCUCGCCGCCCACAGGCCCUCCGUGGGGCUGUUUCUGAGUUGUAUCCUUUCUAAUAAAUAGGUAAUGGCAA